AUGUCAAUUGUCCAGGCAUUUGCUCAACAGUCGUUUGGCGAUGGUGCUUAUGUUGUGGAUAUUGUGCCAGUUAUAUCUCAUGGUAUAGUUGCCUCUGUAACGGACAAUUCAGGUGCAUCUUUGCACCUGUUACCAUUUGACCCUAUGGCCUUAAAAACAAGCUCUGGUAACUUGCUUAAACCAUUUGUAAAGACAGCCAAUAGCUCUAACAUUAAUGCGAUAACGUCCGUGAAUGAGAAUGUUGUUGCUAUAUGUGGAGAUCAAGGACUGAAAUUAUAUGACCUGAGAACAUCGCUCUCAGGAGGAGCCGCUGUACACCAAUUCACGAUAGAAAGUAAUGCAGAGAUGUUAUGUCUUGCUAGUAACCAAGACAAUAAAAUAGCAGUAGGAACACAACUUGUCAGUGCCGAUGCUGGCGUAGUUCUCUGGGAUAUCCGUACAGCCAAGCAAUCAGUGGCUUAUAUUGACUCUCACAGUGACGAUGUCACUGAUAUCUCGUUCCAUCCACAUGAUAAUACAGCUCUCCUGUCCGGAUCUGUUGACGGUUUGGUGAACAUUUAUAAUACAGCAAUUGCUGAUGAAGAUGAAGCUGUUUUCCAAGUUAUCAACCAUGGAGCAUCAAUUCACAAGGCUCGGUUCUUGCCAGACAAUCGUAUUCUGGCAUUAUCCCACAUGGAAACUAUGUCAAUUUACACGUUGGCCAAUCCCGAUAGCGAAGAGCCUGAUGUGAAACCACUUGAGUUUGGCGAUAUCCGACAAUCGUGGGACUGUGAUUACAUAGCCGACCUGCUACUGUCCGACGGAUAUAUUGGAGCAGGAUCCAACAGCGAGAAGCACGAGUUCAAGCUCAUACCAUUCAACUCGAACAGCGGCCAGGUCGACCUCUCUAAUGUCAUCACCCUCGGUGGUGCUCAUGGAGAAGAAGUUGUUCGUGCAAUCCACAUCAACCACCAGGCCCAAUGUGUGUAUACCGGAGGUGAAGACGGCAUUGUCAGAGUGUGGAGACCUCAAGAUAGCGGGAACAGUCUUGCAGCUGCCGAGCCCUGGCAAAAUGUAUCGGACCAGGCUGGCGAAGCUAUGGCUGUCGACGACGAGAGCGAAAAAAGUGGCGACAGUGCGACCAAGGGCGGAGAAUGGGAGCAGGUAGAAACCAAACAUAAACACAAACACAAGCACAAGAGCAAAGACAAGCAUUCCAAAUCAAAAGAGAAGGACGAAGACGAAGCCCGAAAACUCGAAAAGAAGGCCCGAAAGGAAAAGAAACGGGCCAAAGAAGAGGCCAAGUCCAAAAAAGAAAGCUCUAAACACAGCAAGGACCGCAAAGAACAAGCUAGGUACCAGCCAUACUAA